GAGAGCUGCGGUCGGUCGGUGUGGGUCACCCGAGAGUCCCCGUUGCUGGUUGCCGCCGCCUGUGAGUGCCCUGCGCUUGUGUAGCCGCAGCAGCACCAGCCGCCGCCGCCGCCGCAGCAGCAGCACCUCCAGCUCCAUUGCAUUACUUUUUUGCAGCCCAAACAGGGGACAUUAUGCCGAAGAGAAAGUCUCCAGAGGGUGCUGAGGGCAAAGAUGCAGCUAAAGUAACUAAACAAGAGCCCACAAGACGGUCUGCAAGAUUGUCAGCUAAACCUGCGCCGCCAAAACCUGAACCAAAACCAAGAAAAACCACUAAGAAGGAACCUGGAACAAAGGCUAACAAAGGCGCUAAAGGGAAGAAGGAUGAGAAGCAGGAAUCUGGAAAGGAAGGUACUACACCGUCUGAAAAUGGUGAAACUAAAGCCGAAGAGAUUCGCAUCUAUCGCUCAACUGUUAGUGUUUCAACAUCCCGAGGUGCCCCACCCAGCACACUGUCAGUAAAGGGGCAGAUUGAAACAGUGAAAGUUAAGGGCACGGAAAACUGAAUCUGUAGGUGACAAGGGAGAAUGAAUUAUCACGAAAAUUGGGGGUGGAUUUUAUGUACCUCUCGGGACAACUUUUAAAAGAUAUUUUUAUCAAGUAUUUUGUAAAUGCUAAUUUUCUAGGACUACAAUAGGCAGCAUAUUAAAAAAUGUAUAUCAAUGAAUAUUUUCCCUUCUCAUAACAAUGCUUUUUGGAAGCCCCUCAUCACUUCCCCUUACCCCCAAAGUAAUAUGAACAUCAGUUGAAUAUUGGAAGCCGUGUGUAAAAUUGGAUCAGCAUUCCACGCACUUGCUUUGAAAAUUAGUCCUGUGCAGACGGUGGUGUUUUUACUGUGCAUAUUUGAAUUUUUCAUGCAGUUUUUCUAGAGCAAUAAUCAGUGGUGCUUUUGUACUUAGGUUUUAUGUGAUUUUAAUGAAACAUGGAUACUUGUGGCCACCUGCUGACUAUUUUUGGUUCUUUUAAUGGUUUAAAAUAAAAGGUUUUCUUGCCU